AUGAAGUGUCAAGUACCAGUAUUAAUUUUAGGCUUUUUAAGUAAUGUACUCGGUAUCUACGUAACAAAUCUGAACGAAAACUGUAUUCGGUGUCUAUGCCAUGUAGCAGGAUGUGACCUUUCUCACACGUGCUCUGACGGGUAUUGUGGACCCUUCUACAUAUCACGGGUGUACUGGGUGGAUGCAGGGAAACCCACGCUGCCAGACGAUAACCCGGAUAGGAAAGAAGCCUACGAAGACUGCGCCAGAGACUACUACUGUUCUAUCAAAAUUAUAGAGAAUUAUAUGGCAAGAUUUGGAAAGGACUGCAAUGGAGAUGGUGUCACCAACUGUUACGACUAUAUGAUGAUAAACCACCAUGGUGGCAGAGCAUGCUCUUCGCCACUUUUCCUCUCACAACUCGGUCUGCGUAGGCUGAAACUCUUCCAACAGUGCCGUUUUAACUAA